AUGUUCCCCAAACAGACUCUCGUGACCCUCUUGGGAGGUCUGUCGCUGGCUGCUGCUCAGACUUCCUCUGAGCAGUACCCAUCGCAAUCCGAAAUUGAGGCCGCUCAAGCGACAACGCUGCCUUAUUCCCCCGUCUCCAAUGUCGAGGGUUUGGCAUUCAACCGUUUCGUGAACAUUUGGUUGGAAAACACCGACUACCAAGCCGCCUCCAAAGACCCUCAUCUCUCCAAGUUGGCUGAGAAGGGCGUUGUGUUGAGCAACCUCUGGGCCGUCACCCAUCCUUCUCAGCCCAACUAUUGUGCCUCUGCUGGUGGUGAUGACUUUGGAAUGGAUAACGAUGACUUCCGUCAAGUUCCUGCCAAUGUCUCUACCAUUGCCGAUGUCUUCGACACCAAGCACAUCGCCUGGGGUGAGUACCAGGAGCACCUGCCUUACCCUGGCUACCAAGGGUUCCAAUACCCAGAGUCUGGUCCGAAAGACUAUGUCCGCAAGCACAACCCAUUGAUCAUGUUCGACUCUGUGACCCAGAACGCUACGAGGCUCCGCCAGAUCAAGAACUUCACCAACUUCUAUGAUGACUUGGAGAAACAACGCUUGCCCCAGUACAUGUUCAUCACCCCCAACAUGACCAACGAUGCACACGACACCAACAUCACCUUUGCUGGCUCCUGGACCUACCGCUUCCUUGCUGAUCUGCUUGAAAACGAGUACUUCACCAAGGACACUCUGAUUCUCCUUACCUUCGAUGAGAAUGAUACCUAUGAAAUCGGCAACAAGAUCUACAGCUUCUUGGUUGGUGGUGCUGUUCCUGAGAAGCUCAAGAACACCACGGAUGACACCUUCUACACUCACUACUCCAUUGUUUCCUCCUUGUCAGCCAACUGGGGUCUUCCAUCUCUGGGUCGUUGGGACUGCGGUGCCAACCUUCUGAGCUUCUUGGCUGAAAAGACUGGCUACACCAACUAUCAAGUUGACACUAGCAACUUGCAGUUGAAUCAUUCGUACCCGGGCCCCUUGUCUGGAAAUAAAUACUCAACCUAUUUGCCUAGAUGGCCUGUUCCCACGACCAAGGGUGCUUGCUCUGCAGGCCAUGGUAUUCUUGACAUUGUCAAGAACACCUACAAGAACCUCACUGCUACCUAUAACUACACCAGCCCUAUCCCUUACGAUUCCGCCAGUGGAACCAACGUUGGUAUUAAAUAUAGCCGGAAGGUGGUAAGUAGCACCACUCAUUCUGUUUCUGAACUUUACUGA